AUGAUUGGAACGUUGAAAUUGGUAAUCGCAUCAAUUAUAAAGGUGAAACGACACACUACACAUUAAUCAAAUACUAUUCAAAUCAAAACUCUACCCUGGAGGCGCAAAUAUACGCCGCUUUAAAUAAAAAUGUGCGUACAGCCGUACAAGAACCGAAACCUAAAAUAAAACCCCGUAGUAAAUAACAGUGGCCGCGUACAACGUCACAUCAUAGCACGUCGAUUUACUCAAACUCUAUUAACUGUACACACACACACACACACACACACACACUAACAAUAUACUGGUAUGCUAAAUAUACUAUUGUAUUACAUUAUACAUAUUAUACUAUUAACUACUGUAAACCGAAUUACAGGUACUCGUAACGAAAGAAGAACACGAGCGGAAGAUAUUAUAAAAUAUUAAUAUAUUAUAGUAUCGUUCGUGUUACGCGCGAUGACUAUAAUAUAUAUAUAUUGUAUAUUGCACAGACGCGAAAACGAUAAACUACCAUGUAUAUCGUUGGCAGUAUAGUCUUAUAACAGACAUUAAAAGAAAAAACAAAAAAAAAAAAAAAAACGAUAAAAAAACAAACGAAAAACCGAAAAUCCUAUUAUGUCCGGAACAGCGGAGAAAAAUAAACCGAGUAAGAAAUCGUAAAAAAAUAUUAUAAUAAUAUGUUAAAAACGUAGUGUGUAUACGAAACGCGGAACGUCAUUAGUCGGCCCGUCGUCCGCCGCGUACACUUACGAAAAUCGAGCGCCCGUUAUGCUGUUGCGUUGCACACGGGCCGCCCGGUUUAUUAUUAUCGAAUUGGCUCCAACCGUAUUAUUUAAAUGUUUUUAUUUUUUAAUUUUUUUAGACUAGCGGACGAGUGAAACCGACACGUCCGCGAGACCCCGAAGACACGUGCACCGGCGGCCGGCCGUUCGUCUGUUUUAACAUUCGAGCCGGUCGUCGUCGCCCGCAAAAGUAUUACGCGAGACUCGUUAUCGUCCGCGAUUUAUAGGGCACCGGGCACGCCGUUAUUAUUUUUUUUUUUUAUAAUUAUUAUUCUUAGAUUCUGAGUGGAGCGCGAAGGAGCUUAAUGAUUUUACAAAGAUGUUUAUUUUUUUUUUCCGCGGAGAACUUUUCUACCGGCAAUUUUGCUCCGAUUUACAAUAAUAGCGUUUUUUUCUACCGGGCUGUACCGGGAGCACCGGGAUGGUACUCAUUUUUUUGAUUUUCCCAAAAAAUGUGAAAAACCGGGAAAAAACAUGGGAAACCCGGAAAAAUCGAUACAUUUAACAAAUAUUAUUAAAGACAAUGUAUAUGAUGCCUAUUUAAUUAACCUUCACCAUAAUAUGACAUAUAUAAUGUUGACAAAGCAUCACUAUCAACUGAACUCCGUUCAGAAUCGAUUUUUCGUUAAUAAUGGUUUAUCGUUGCUUACAGGUAUACAUUAAAUUAUCUAUACCAGUAGCUUCACCAGUCCCCAUUAUCCUAGGACUUUUUUUUUUUUAAUAUUAUAUCAUUUUCUAUAGGUUCCGCGACGGCCAUGACCACGGUUACUGUUAUGUUGUAGACGACCUCUGGUCGCCAGAUUCGGGUUGGCGGGCGGCCGACUGUCCCGGUCCCCCGGAAGCGAUCGCGUCCGCGGUUACUCAUCGGCUAAAUGCCCGGACCAGGCCCUGGAGGGAGGCACUACCCUCUUUGGACCAAAUCUCUGUCUCUCCAACAAGUAUUAAAUGUGGAUAUAUGUAAUUAAUAUUGUUUUUUUUUUUCUAAUUUUACCCCUAAAAUUUGGUUUACCUCAUCACUUAAUGAUUUGGUCUAGCUACAGGCCUGUCCCGAAUCUCCAAGACGCGUGUCCGGCUACACAAGGACACUCCGAAUGGUGCAAACGGGUGCGUUGUUCGCACCAGAUGAACAAACGUGGUAAAGGUUCGGAGAUAAUUCGUGACGUCAGACCCGACGUCGGGCAACCAAAUCGGCGAGCGCGGCCGGGACGGGGAGUACCGGGGCCCAAGUACAUCGAGGCAAAGACAUUCUUAGGUUCUCUCUAA